ACCCAGGUUUUUUGGGAUGGGUGAUUGGAAGUGUUUCGGUGAUGGAUUUUCUUUGUUUCUCAUUUUCUAAUUGGAAGAAAGUCGACGAGGUUUUGGAAGUAAAUGUUUGAAAUGGGUUGGUUUAAAUAGAGUUAGAAUUUAACUCACCUACUUUAAAAUAGGAGGACCUCUCUUUGCCUAAACUGCGGGGUAUUUGGAAUUUAUAUAUCGUCAUUGCAGAGGUUGGAGCUUUCGUUGUCUGAUUCAUAUGCAAUAUAUUUAGAUUUGUUUCCUCAAUUGUCAAGAAAUUUCCCUACCAAAUGCAUUUGUAUUCUCAUCAUGACUAGAGCUGUCCACGAUAGAGUUCUCAAGGAGGCAAAUGGUGAUAUUAGCGAUCAUCUGCGUAACCACAUUCACUUGACAAACUGCAUUCACUUGAAGAAUCACAUGCACAAGCACAGCCCCAUCUUGGCUGACAGGUCUCUUAUGAGGGACCUCAUUGUCCUUCAGAGGUCACGAUCUCUCAGGGACCCUUCUGCAAGUCCUCCCUCAUGGCAGUCUCCCUCAUUAACUGAUCUGCCACCGAGGGUGGGUGAAAAUAAUGCAGUGAUUCGUGAAGGAAGAAGGUCAGUAGGAACUGAGAGUCGAAGGGUAGGUAGAACAAUGUCAGGAAGUUCUCCACUCUCGGGAAGUUUUGCCACAUCAAAUGUCAUUCCGGCUGAUAUGAAUGUGGGCACUUAUAGGGUGACAGCAGUUAGUGAGCACAGUGUUAAGAGUGAAAUCCAAGAUGGUCGACGAAUUCGGAGAGAAGAGUUAAGUCGGAGGAGUGUUGGAAACAGUGUCUUGGAUGGUAAUGAAGAAUCAUCACCUGUUCAAGAUGCACAUCUUCUGCACGAGAUUAUUUCGAGGAAAUCAGAAUCUAAAGAUAGAAGUGAACAGAAAGAUAAGCAGGUCAAGGGCAUUCCAUUUAAGAAACUAUCGGAGCAACUGAUUUCUGCUCCUAUACAUAGCGAGGACAUUGCGUCUUCAAGUGCAAAUGUAUAUGGGAGACGAUCUCAGCAAGAGAAAUUCAUUGAUGAACCUGAACCCAGCUUCCAUGGAAACUGCAGUGGAUUGGAUAGGGUAAAAAGGCGAAAAUUUCGCGCUACAAGGAGAAGUCAUAUGAAUUUAACUUCCAGAGACACUGGGGUUCACAAUGAAUUGUCUGUAGCUUCUAAUACAUUAGCUCAUGGUUCAUCUCAUUCAAAGCAUAAAAUGGAAGAGGAAAAUGAAAAUUAUGCCAACAAAAAUGUCAUGGGUGCUCCUGGAAAUGGGUGUGGAAUGCCUUGGAAUUGGUCAAGAAUUCAUCAUAGGGGGAAAACGUUUUUAGACAUGGCUGGAAGGAGUUUCUCUUGUGGCCUGUCAGAUUCAAUGUUAAGAAAAUGCAGUCCAACUGCACAUGGGAACUGUAUUUCUGACACAUCCAUUGCAUCUGAUAACUCAAGCUCAUCUGCUAAGUUUGAUGCCGAGGCACUACCUUUACUGGUUGAGGCCUCAGGGUCGCAGGAAAGCAUUGAAAAUGCUGGCUGGCAACAAGAUUACUCUGGGGAAUUGGGAAUAUUUGCUGAUAAUUAUGUUGAACAUGAAGAUGAUUCUGACCUUGCUUCAGAAGCAAGGUGUAGUAACCGAAGAAGAACGCAAGGCCACUAUCCUCGUUCUGGACAUCAAAAUCUGACACAAAAAUACAUGCCACGAACAUUCAAAGGUUUGGUGGGACAAAAUUUAGUAGCCCAAGCUCUUUCAAAUGCUGUCUUGAAGAAGAAGGUGGGGUUACUAUAUGUGUUUUAUGGUCCUCAUGGUACAGGAAAAACAUCCUGUGCUCGCAUAUUUGCUAGAGCAUUGAACUGCCAGUCUUUGGAACAUUCCAAACCCUGUGGGUUAUGCAAUUCUUGCAUUGGAGAUGACGUGGGAAAGAGCAGGAAUAUAAGGGAAGUUGUUCCUGCAAGUAAUCUAGACUUCGAGAGCAUUAAUGAACUACUUGACCAUAUGAUAGCUUCUCGGCUCCCAUCACAGUAUACAGUGUUCAUUUUUUAUGAUUGUGACAGCUUUUCCUCUAAUUGCUGGAGUGCCAUCACAAAGGUCAUUGACCGAGCACCUCGACGUCUAGUUUUUGUUUUUGUCUGUUCAAGUCCAGAUGUUUUACCUCAUAUAAUCAUAUCCAGGUGCCAGAAAUUUUUUUUCCCAAAGCUGAAGGAUGCUGAUAUCAUCCGUACUUUGCAGUGGAUUGCUACCCAAGAAAAUUUAGAAAUUGAUAAAGAUGCACUAAAACUUAUCGCAUCAAGAUCUGAUGGAUCAUUGAGGGAUGCCGAAAUGACUCUUGAGCAGCUCAGUUUACUUGGCCAGAGAAUUUCUGUUCCUCUAAUUCAGGAACUAGUUGGGCUCAUCUCUGACGAAAAAUUGGUGGAUCUUCUUGAUCUAGCUCUAUCUGCUGAUACUGUAAACACUGUGAAAAACUUGAGGCUGAUAAUUGAAAGUGGUGUGGAGCCAAUGGCAUUGAUGUCACAAAUUGCAACUGUAAUUACUGAUAUUCUUGCUGGUAGUUAUGAUUUCAAAAAAGAAAGACCUCGAAGGAAGUUUUUCCGACGUCAACCAUUAUCCAAAGAAGAUAUGGACAAGCUACGUCAAGCUCUGAGAACAUUGUCUGAAGCUGAGAAGCAAUUAAGAACGUCGAAUGAUAAAGUAACCUGGCUUACAGCUGCAUUACUUCAACUUGCUCCUGAUCAGCAGUAUAUGUUAUCCAGUUCUGCGGAGACUAGCUUUAACCACAGUCCCUUGGCCCUGAAUAAUGUGAAUGGUAGGGGUUUAGGGUUUAGGAACGCUGAAAUACCUCAGAAAGGAUUGUCAACAGAUUUAUAUGACAAUAGAAUGGCCGAAGGCAUCAGUUUAGACAAAAAAAGACAUUCUGGAGUUGGUGUGGCUCCUCAGCAGACAAUUGCAAGCGCUGAUGAUUUAAUCAAGUCUAGUGGAAAGCAGGUUUCUGGUAAAGAUAUUGAAGAAAUUUGGUUGGAGGUGCUAGGAAAAAUUCGGAGAAAUAGUAUUAAAGAAUUUUUUAUUCAAGAAGGGAAGCUUGCAUCAGUCAGUUCUGGUGCAGCACCAACUGUGCGCUUGAUAUUCAAUUCACAUCAUGCAAAAUCAAAAGCAGAGAAAUUGAGAGAGCAAAUCGUACAAGCAUUUGAGUCUGCUCUUGGGUCAUCAGUGAUAAUUGAAUUUAGAUGUGAAUUGAAAAAUCAUUCAUCAGUUACUCUACCUGCCUCCAAGAAUGGUUUGUUACAUAUUAGGGACAUGAGCAGUUGUGAGCCUCAAGCUCAGUUAUCACACUACGGUUCCGGUGAAGUUGGAAGAGGUGAAAUUGUUGAAAUAGAUGCUUUACCAAGGGUAGCCUAUAAUCAAAUAGAAUCGAAUCAUAGGAAUUUGGAAGGUUCACAGGGAGAAGUGUCAGUCUCACGCAGGAACUCUACCAUGUCAUCAAUUUCAGAAACAAGAGAAGGUGGAGCUCAAAGCCAGAGUCAAAGUAUUGUGAGAAGCAAAGUAUCUCUGGCACAUGUUAUUCAGCAGGCAGAAGGAUGUUCACAGAGAAAUGGACGGUCCAAACACAAGACUGUAUCUAUAGCUGAAGAACUUGAGCAGGAAAACUUGAGACUUGAACCUCAAUCAAGAAGCUUAUUAUGCUGGAAAGCAUCUAGAGUUACUCAAAGAAAGCUUUCACGGUUAAAAAUCAGAACUCGAAGGCCACAGUCAUUGCUGAAAUUCGUCUCGUGUGGGAAUUGUCUCUCUGCUUAGUUGGGCAAGGUUUCAUUUUCACUCCCAUCUUCCUCAGGAUGUGUGGCAGCUUAUGACAUAAUGAAUAUUGAGCAUAUGUAUAUACUUUUCCUCCAGGAAUCCAUGAAUAUGAUGAUGCAGUUAAACGUGGGGAAAUUAGUCUUUCUUCUUCCAGAGCAUUUGCACAGAAUACACAAGUAGUUCUAACUUGCUCUUCCUUUUCAGGAUGCCAAGCAAUUCUAUACCCUCAAACAAUCACAGUGCAUGAGAACUGUUUUUGGUAUAUAAACUAAGCUUCUCUGCUGCUACAUACACUCACUAACCGUUAAAGUUCUUCGUUGAAGGCUUGAAACAUUAUUGGCUCCAGGCUGCCGUCAAGUGGGGUGAAAUUGAGUGUACAAGAACUGUUUUUCAAAAUUUUAUGUAUAAGAAUAGUAAUACAACAUUUGUCUACAAGUUAUGCAACAAGUGUAUUAGAAAGUGUUAUCCAAUGGGCUUGAAAAGUCUAAACGAAUUUGAAAUCUAAGAAAACCAUUGGUUCUAAAAGAAUCACUUAGGAACCAUACAAGAGGAAGAGUGGACACCACAUCUUUCAACCGCCAACAUCCAACAUUGACUGAUACGAAAUUGUCUAUUAACAGUUCGAUUGAAGUCUAUCAGGGACGAUCAUUCACUAAAUCCACUUUCUGGAUAGCUAUUUCUUGCCAUAAUCUGCAAGAUCACAGCACUUGGUUGAGUGAAGCUGAAAAGCAAUGGUCAAAUUGUCACAUCGUCUAUGUAUGACUCUGAGGCUACGUAGGUCGUUGGACUAUUUCAACAACUGCAUGCCCAUUAUAUUGUCGACUCAACAAAACUAGUACCCUCCACCAACUGAUAAAGAUUCCUUCAUGCGGAAGUCCCCACAAGGGUUUGUCUUCAUCAUCUUCAUACUGAAUAUGAUCAUAUAUUUGGUUUCCUGUCUCGCUUAUUCUUUUUUAUGAACUGUGAUUUUACAUGUACUUUUAAACUAACCUUUACCAACUACUAAUUAUAGGUCUAGAAAACAUUCUUUCCUGUAGAUCAAAACCAAAUCAACUUUAAUGCUUGAUAGGAGUAACCUCAGAGUGCAAUGGAGCAAUCUACUUGGCGAAAGCCACUCUUCAUUUUAAGCCCAGAAAAGGUUCAUAAUCUCCAUGGGAAAAUUUACAGCCCUCCGGCUCAAGCCAGUUAACUUACUGGAUUACUUGUAUUCAGCUUUAGACCAAAGGCAAAAGUCGGAACAUCUAUAAGUGAUGGAAAAAAACAAUAAAGCAGAAAGACAGGAAACCCAAUAAAAUUCCAUCACCAAAGUUUGACAAGGAUUUCCCAGAAACAGUUCAAUCCAAAACUAGAACUAAGGGCUCUCCUAGUUGAUAUGUGGCGUUAAAUGUAGAAAAGAAACCCCUUUUUUCCCCAUGUCUGCCUUCUCAACAGGUGUUUGUGAUAAUGACACACAGCCAACUGCCAAUUCUUAUACCUUCUGUGAGUUGGAGCCUAUAUGCACUAGGCGAGAUGAAGAUUAAGGAAAUAGGUUCCUUUUCUUUUUCUGUUGUCCUGUUUUUUUUUUUUUUUUUUUUUUUAAAGUUUCCUUUUAAUUCUUUGUUAUAUUGAAAACUGUCCACAAAAGUGAUAAAAAGUGGGCAAGUGGUCACAGGAUUUAUGGCGGGCCUUUCUUUUGAAAAAACAGCAAAAA